AGAAGAGCAUGCGUACAGGAUGCUUGACAUUCUAUGCGUGGGUGCCUAUUGGCUUACGGCUGAGCAUCGUGGUCGAUACCCCGCAUUCACAGCCUCACGAGUCCUGACCGAUCAGAGUGCAUCUUUUCACACUUCACACCGGCAGAGAUGAUGCCAGUUUCAUCCGACGCAACACAGCUUCGUGGCCGUCUGCACGCUCUCUCUGCUGUAGCAAGCAAUAACAGUCCGAACUGCUCGACCUCGGGGUUGCACGAUGCGGCUGUUACAACGCGACAAUGCAGGCCAUUACAGCCUUACCCCGGACUUGACUCCCGACGACGACAUUCCUCCCUACGCGAUCCUUUCCCACACAUGGGGACCCGACGAGGUUCUCUUUACAGAUCUAACGAAUGCACAGAAUCGGUGGCACCAGAAAGCCGGCUACGCUAAGAUUCAAUUCUGUGCUAAGCAAGCGACACGGCACGGGCUGCAAUACUUUUGGGUCGAUAGCUGUUGCAUCGAUAAGUUGGACAGUAUCGAGCUCCAGACGGCCAUCAACAGCAUGUUUCGGUGGUAUCGCAAUGCGAAGAUAUGCUACGUCUAUUUAUCCGAUGUCUCCAGCCCUACGGCGAUUAGUACGCAAGACGGCGUAGCAGCCUGGGAAGCGGCGUUCCAGGACAGCAGAUGGUUUACUCACGGAUGGACACUCCAAGAACUCAUUGCUCCUAAUGCAGUCGAGUUCUACUCCAAAGAAGGAACCUGGCUUGGCGAUAAGCAAUCUUUAGAGCCUCAAUUACGCGAUAUCACACGCAUUCCCGCAAGAGCUCUCCGCGGGGCUCCUUUAUCCGACUUUACGGUCGCAGAACGAGAAGCGUGGGCUCGUGGCCGCCAAACGAAGUAUGAGGAGGACAUGGCGUACUCACUCCUCGGCAUAUUCGACGUUCAUAUGCCGUUGAUCUACGGUGAAGGACGGCAAAACGCGCAAAAGCGACUACGAGAGGAGGUCGAGAAGGCUAUCAGAGACUUCUCUAUCACAUUCAGCCUAUCCGAUGUUCCCGAGACCCAACACUUCGUUGCCAGAACCAGGGAAAUAAAUGAGAUGCGGAAGGCACUGGCGUCGGAUGGGAGCCGCCGUGUCGUGGUCCUCCACGGCCUCGGCGGUAUUGGCAAGACACAGAUUGCUAUUGUAUACGCGAAACGAUAUAGAGACGAAUACUCCGCUAUAUUCUGGUUGAAUAUCAAAGACGAAACAUCUAUCCGGCAGAGCUUUACCAAAGUGGCGGGGCAGAUAUUGCUGCAGCAUCCUAACGCUAGCCACCUAAGGGCGCUAGAUCUGCAACAGGACCAGGAGAAGGUAGUCGAAGCCGUCAAGGCCUGGCUCAGCCUGCCGGGCAAUACCAGGUGGCUUCUUGUAUACGAUAAUUACGACAAUCCGAAGCUAAGCAACGAUAUAAACGAUAGAGGAAUCAACAUCAGCCGGUUUAUUCCUGAAGCGUACCAAGGGUCGAUCAUCGUUACGACGCGAUUGUUACAAGUUGAUCUAGGGCAUCAAGUUCAGGUCAAAAAGCUGGAGUCACUACACGACAGUCUUAAAAUCCUCGCGACAACUUCAGGCCGUGACGGUCUUGAUACAGAUAUCGGUGCCAAAAGACUUAUAGAAGAGCUUGAUGGACUUCCUCUUGCCCUUGCUACAGCUGGCGCGUAUUUACGGCGCGUUCCAAUUGGUCUUGCUAACUACCUUCGUCUUUAUAAAGAAUCAUGGUUAAGAGUUCACACAGACACGCCGAACCUGGGCUCAUACCAAGACCGCACACUUUGCUCAACAUGGCAGCUCUCAUAUGUGCAAGUUCAGAAACAACAUCCACUUGCUGCUCACUUGCUCCGAUGGUGGGCAUAUUUCAGUAAUGAAGACAUUUGGUUCGAACUGCUCCAAACUGACAAUACGGAUGGUCCAGUAUGGAUACACGAGCUGGCCGAUGAACUGAACUUCAACCAGGCGAUUGGUGCGUUGCAUAAUUAUGGGUUUGUCGAACCGUACAUCUCGGCUUCGGACUCGGUCGGAUCAAGGGGAUAUAGCAUGCAUGCCUGUGUACACUCUUGGACCGUUUCCGUGCUGAACAAGGACCCAGAAGAUAGUCUAGCUCGAGCAACGGUAACUUGUGUAGCUGCAAAAGUGCCAUCACAGGAUGAGCAUCAGUUUUGGUCGUUUCAAAAUCGCCUUUUAUCUCAUGCUGAAUGCUGUGUCAUGAGAUUAGACAGCGAUGACGGCAUAGAAUGGGCCUUUCAUAGUUUAGGUAAUCUCUUUCGAUCCCAAGGCAAGCUGGCCGAGGCCGAGGCGAUGUAUAUACGGGCAUUACAAGGCUAUGAGAAGGCGUGGGGCCCGGAGCAUCCAUCAACGCUUGACACAGUCAACAACCUUGGGCUCCUUUAUAAAGACCAAAGUAAGUUAGCUAAAGCUGAGGCGAUGUAUAUACGGGCAUUACAAGGCUAUGAGAAGGCGUGGGGCCCGGAGCAUCCAUCAACGCUUGACAUAGUCAACAACCUUGGGGUCCUUUAUAAAAACCAAGGCAAGCUGGCCGAAGCCGAGGCGAUGUAUAUACGGGCAUUACAAGGCUAUCAAAAGGCAAUCGGCCCCCAGAAUAUCGUACGCUAUCGACCUGCAAUUGGUACAUCAUACAACUUAGGAUCCUUAUUGUAUACUCAGGGCAAGCAAAACGAAGCUAAAAGUUUAUUAAGACAAGUUCAUGUCAACCUUGAAGCAUUACUUGGGCCUUUACAUAAAGACGUUCAGUCAUUACAAAAUGCUCUUCAAUACAUGAAUCAGCUACAAUAAAGACCUUAAAAGAUUCGACAGCAAGAUAUAGUGAAGCACUAUCUGGCAAAUAAGCUUGCUUGGAAAAACAGAGAGUGAAGAAAGCUGGAGCUAUGUAGAUCUUUAUAUAUAGAUGCAGGAGACAUUUAACCUUCAUACUCC